AUGAUGCAGAUGAAGAAACCAAGGAAACAUCUGUAUGGAUUGUUUCAUUACAACCCCACAAUGCUUGGACUUGAAUCACUUCCAGAUCCAACUGAUACCUGGGAAAUUAUAGAAACCAUAGGUAAAGGCACCUAUGGCAAGGUCUACAAGGUAACUAACAAGAGAGAUGGGAGCCAGGCUGCAGUAAAAAUUUUGGAUCCAAUCAGUGAUAUGGAUGAAGAGAUUGAAGCAGAAUACAACAUUUUGCAGUUUCUUCCAAAUCAUCCCAACGUUGUAAAGUUUUAUGGGAUGUUUUACAAAGCGGAUCACUGUGUGGGAGGACAGCUGUGGCUGGUCCUGGAGUUGUGUAAUGGGGGCUCAGUCACUGAACUUGUCAAAGGUCUACUCAGGUGCGGCCAGCAUUUGGAUGAAGCAAUGAUCUCAUACAUCUUAUAUGGGGCCCUCUUGGGCCUUCAGCAUUUGCACAAUAACCGAAUCAUCCACCGUGAUGUCAAGGGGAAUAACAUUCUACUGACAACAGAAGGAGGAGUUAAGCUCGUUGACUUUGGUGUCUCCGCUCAACUCACCAGUACACGUCUACGGAGAAACACAUCUGUUGGCACCCCAUUCUGGAUGGCUCCUGAGGUCAUUGCUUGUGAGCAGCAGUAUGACUCUUCCUAUGACGCUCGGUGUGACGUCUGGUCCUUGGGGAUCACAGCUAUUGAACUGGGGGAUGGAGACCCUCCCCUCUUUGACAUGCAUCCUGUGAAAACGCUUUUUAAGAUUCCAAGAAAUCCUCCACCUACUUUACUUCAUCCGGAAAAAUGGUGUGAGGAGUUCAACCACUUUAUCUCACAGUGUCUUAUUAAGGAUUUUGAAAAGCGGCCUUCUGUCACACAUCUCCUUGACCACCCAUUUAUUAAAGGAGCCCAUGGGAAGGCUUUAUUUCUGCAAAAACAGCUGGCCAAGGUCCUCCAAGACCAGAAGCAUCUAAACCCUGUUGUUAAAACCAGGCAUGAAAGAAUGCAUACCAGAAGACCCUAUCACGUGGAGGAUGCUGAAAAAUACUGCCUUGAGGAUGAUUUGGUCAAUUUAGAGGUUCUGGAUGAGGAUACAAUUAUUCGUCAGUUGCAAAAGCGUUAUGUGGACUUGCUGAUCUACACAUAUGUUGGAGACAUCUUACUUGCCUUAAACCCCUUCCAGAAUCUAAGCAUAUACUCUCCACAGUUUUCCAGACUUUAUCAUGGGGUGAAACGUGCCUCAAAUCCUCCCCACAUAUUUGCCUCAGCAGAUGCUGCUUACCAAUGUAUGGUUACUUUCAGCAAAGACCAGUGCAUCGUCAUCGGUGGAGAAAGUGGCUCUGGGAAGACAGAAAGUGCCCACCUGAUUGUUCAGCAUUUGACUUUCUUGGGAAAGGCCAAUAAUCAGACCUUGAGAGAGAAAAUUCUGCAAGUCAACUCCCUGGUGGAAGCCUUUGGAAAUGCAUGCACUGCCAUCAAUGACAAUUCCAGCCGUUUUGGAAAAUAUCUGGAAAUGAUGUUUACGCCAACCGGAGCUGUGAUGGGGGCAAGAAUCUCUGAAUAUCUACUUGAAAAAUCCAGAGUCAUAAAACAGGCAGUGGGAGAGAAAAAUUUUCAUAUAUUUUACUACAUUUAUGCUGGUCUUUAUCACCAGAAGAAACUUUCUGAGUUCAGACUUCCUGAAGAAAAGCCUCCUAGGUAUAUAGCUGAUGAAACUGGAAGGGUGAUACACGACAUAACUUCCAAGGAGUCUUACAGAAGACAAUUUGAAGCAAUUCAGCAUUGUUUCAAGAUUAUAGGGUUCACUGACAAGGAGGUGCACUCAGUGUACAGAAUUUUGGCUGGGAUUUUGAAUAUUGGAAGCAUUGAGUUUGCAGCUAUUUCCUCUCAACAUCAAACUGAUAAAAGUGAGGUGCCCAAUGCUGAAGCUUUGGAAAAUGCUGCCUCCGUUCUCUGCAUCAGCCCCGAAGAACUCCAAGAGGCCCUUAUCUCACACUGUGUGGUCACCCGCGGUGAGACAAUCGUCCGAGCCAAUACUGUCGACAGGGCUGUGGAUGUCCGAGAUGCCAUGUCCAAAGCCCUGUAUGGGAGGCUCUUCAGUUGGAUUGUCAAUCGCAUCAAUACACUCCUGCAGCCAGAUAGAAACAUAUGUAAUGCAGAUGAUGGUAUGAAUGUAGGGAUCUUGGAUAUUUUUGGAUUCGAGAACUUUCGGAGAAAUUCAUUUGAACAGCUCUGCAUAAACAUCGCCAAUGAGCAAAUCCAGUACUAUUUCAACCAGCACGUUUUCGCUCUCGAACAGAUGGAAUAUCAGAAUGAAGGCAUUGAUGCUACCCCCGUGGCGUAUGAGGACAAUCGCCCACUCCUGGACAUGUUCCUCCAGAAACCCCUGGGACUGCUUGCGCUUUUGGAUGAGGAAAGUCGAUUUCCCCAAGCAACUGAUCAGACCCUGGUUGAUAAAUUUGAAGAUAAUCUACGAAGCAAAUACUUCUGGAGGCCUAAAGGAGUGGAGCUGUGCUUUGGCAUUCUGCACUACGCUGGGAAGGUAUUAUACGAUGCUUCGGGGGUUCUUGAGAAAAACAGAGACACUCUCCCUGCUGAUGUGGUUGUGGUCCUGAGAACGUCAGAAAACAAGCUUCUGCAGCAACUCUUCUCGAUUCCUUUGACCAAAACAGGUAACUUGGCCCAGACAAGAGCCAGGAUAAUAGCAGCCUCAAGAUCUUUGCCUCCCCAUUUCAGUGCUGGGAGAACCAAGGUGGACACUCUGGAGGUGAUACGACAUCCAGAAGAAACCACCAACAUGAAGAGGCAGACCAUGGCUUCUUACUUCCGGUAUUCUCUGAUGGAUCUGCUCUCCAAAAUGGUGGUCGGACAGCCCCACUUUGUGCGCUGCAUUAAACCCAAUGAUGACCGAGAGGCCCUGAAGUUCUCCCGAGAGAGUGUGCUGGCCCAGCUCCGCUCUACAGGGAUCCUGGAGACAGUCAGCAUCCGCAGGCAGGGGUAUUCCCACCGCAUCCUCUUUGAAGAGUUUGUGAAAAGGUAUUAUUACUUGGCAUUCAAAGCACAUGAAACACCUCUUGCCAGCAAAGAGAGCUGUGUUGCUAUCUUGGAAAAAUCCAGAUUAGAUCACUGGGUGCUGGGAAAAACAAAGGUUUUUCUCAAAUAUUACCAUGUCGAGCAGUUAAAUUUGUUGCUGCAAGAAGUCAUAGGCAGAGUGGUUGUGCUGCAGGCAUAUGCCAAGGGGUGGCUUGGAGCCAGGAGAUACAAAAGAAUCAGAGAGAGGAGAGAGAAGGCGGCGAUUGCCAUUCAAUCAGCCUGGAGAGGAUAUGAUGCUUGGAAGAAAUUUAAGAAAAUAAGCAACAGAAGGAGUGAGUCUGCGGUUCCUAUUCAAGCAGGGGCUCUAAUAGAUCAUAAAAGCAGUCCACAAACAGAAUUCAACAGUGGCCAUGCAGAGACUUCAAGCAACUCUUCUGCUGUCACUGAGAAAAAUCGGCAUCCACAAGCCCAGUGUUCUUCAAAAGGGUGUGAUGUCUCCGCAGGACAUUCACAUAAGCAUUCCGUUUCUGGGACUGAUCUGCUGUCUUCUCAGACAUGCCAUGCUGCCCCAGGUCACCCAGGACCAAGUCCCUCAAGAGGAGCCCCUGCAAAAUCUGUUUCAGAAAAUGGUCUUAUACAGAAGCAGCGAACACCUCGCCGAAGAUGUCAGCAGCCCAAAAUGUUGAGUAGCCCUGAGGACACCAUGUACUAUAACCAGUUAAAUGGAACUCUAGAAUAUCAAGGGAGCAAGAGGAAGCCAAGAAAACUUGGCCAAAUCAAAGUGCUUGAUGGGGAAGAUGAAUAUUACAAAUCCUUGUCACCUGUGGACUCUAUUCCCGAGGAAGACAACCCAUCCUGCCCUUUCUUUUCUUCCUCAUCCUCAAAAGGAACAUCUUUUGCUCAGUACUGAAGUGUACUUCCUGCCCCCC